AUGAUAGUGUACAUUUCAUUUUGUUUCGUUUUUUUUCCUUGCGUUUUUUUUUCUUUUUUUUUUUUUUGUACAUCUAUGAGUAAGUACUACAAACUAGAAUGUAUAUUAUGCACGUGUAUCAGCAUGAAAAAUUUUCGAUUCGAUUCAUUAAAGAUAACGAUAUAUAUAUGUACGUCGCAUAAAAUUGUUCCAAUUAUCUAUAUUAUUUUGGCCAGAUAGUUCUGACCGAUCGUGAGACAACCCCUAUGUAUCCACGCCGGUGGAUAUUCACGUGGAUUUUCCAAGCAAUUUAGAUUUAACAAUAUUGUUCAAUUGGAUAAUUUGUAAUAAAGUAUGUUGUGAAUUUUAUCAUUGAUACGAGUUGAAUAUUUCUUUUUUACUUUUUAACGAAGACUGCAGUCUAAGACGCGUUGCGGCAUUAUUCAGAGUUUAAAAUGUAUAGCUUUUUUUUUAUAUUUUUUUUUCUUCAUUAAAACUACUUUCAUUACAUAGCACGUUAAUACCACGAAGAAAAUAAAAAAAGAAACGAAAACAAAAUGAGAGAAGGAAAAAAGCAAGUGUACAAGUAUUCGAACGAAGAUUCGAACAUCUGACAAAAGAGAUGAUGUUCGGCGAAAGAGAUGAAGAAGGUUCAAUUUCGGUAUUGCAUAAUAAAACUAUGGGAAUGAAAGUCAAGACUACGAAACGUGAAUACACGCGAGUGGGAAGCAAUGUAACGGAGGAUAACACGACUCGUAAAAUGAGAAGCGCCAAGUAGAUUACCGGUCAGUUCGAAACGAGAGUCAGUAGUCUCCUACAGUACACAAACAACACGCGAACAAAGUAUUGCUCGAUAUCGAUAGACGAUUCAGUACGCAAACCAACUUAAUUAUUUCGAUAAAAGAACGCGUUGGCAGAAGCGAUACUAAAAUAUAAAUGAAAUAAUAGAUUGACAAGCGACGUGAAUGUAUUGCAAUCUAAAGAAAGAGGCACAUACAGACAUUUAAGAAAGAAGAAAAGUUGGUUUAGAGGAAUAAAAAAACCUAGCUAUAUUGGAUAUCCAGCGAACAACGAAGAAUCUAUGGUGUCGUCUAGUAUACUGUACUAUUAUGCUGUAGCCCUGUUAAUCAGUGCCCAUCAAAAUUAUCCCAGUUAUAGUACAACGACCGUUCUCUGAUGACCAACGCACCUUGACGAAGCAAACAACGUGUCUACCAUAAAUUACAGGUAUACAUAUAUCCGAAGAAGAGAAAGGAAAAGAUGGAAAGAAAAAGGAGUAUAUUGGCAUUGAUUGGGUUAAUUUUAUUUCUCAAGUCUUCGAACGCUGAAAACACCGAAGGUACGGGAAAUGACUAUAAUAGACGCUUGUUUUCUCACCACCACCGACAAAAAAGGCUACUUUGGAUAACUAGCGAUGGCCGAAUAGCUUUGCCACCAGGCACGAUUAUGACAAUAACUCCAACACUGGCAUUACCGUUUGUCAGAUACCCUCCCCAUGGUUUUCUAAGCAAUAUGACUAUUAGUCUUCCCUUUACCAUCGAUUUCGACAAACUUGGCCUAACGGACAAUGAGAAUCCGUACGGUGUUUUACCGUCAACGUUCGAUACUACUGCAAGGGAGCAAGGAUCAAGCGUUGCAGAAUUUAUCGCGACAUUUGUGAAACGUGGAGUUAACAAGAGAGAAGCAAUCGCAGAUUUGCCAAAGAAUGCACUUUAUGGAGGUGAAAGAGCUCUUUUGUACAGCACUGCCGAGGAUAUGCUCGCAAAUUUCGGUUUAAAUGGAAAGGCCUGUUUGUUAAGGGCAAUCUGCGAAGUGCAGGGACAUCCUUUAAACAAUUUCGGAUUAAUUGGCGAAAUGCUCAAACUGUUUUUCACUGCUAGUAAAUCACCAUUUUCGAAUCUUUUAAAAGAAUACGUUGAAGCUGAAAACAGAGGAAAAUUUCAUGGAGAAUGCUGGCCUUAUUUCAAAGAUUGUCCAAAAUCGUUGUUCCGUUCGUCAGAGAAUAAAUAUACAAAAGAUGCCUUUCACGAAGAUGUCACAACUACUGAAUCAGAUGAGGUAGAACAAAAAAGAAAUCGAUAUUUUUCUUCGAUCCCAUCAGUGGAUCGAACAACAACAAGUGAAACUGAGUUUUUUCAAAAUUUGAAGCGUACAAUAAUGUAAAUAAAAUCGCUCAAAAUUAGGUCUAGAUACGUAAUUUGUAUUAUUCUAAAUCGAAGGAAAUAACGAACCAAUUAACAUAUGUAUAUACAUAGUAUUUACGUAUGUAUUUACGCAUAUCUUGUACUUACGUACAAGAUAUCUUUUCAAAUAUCUUUCCCUACUUGUCGUGAAAGUUUGAUCAAAGUUAAUCUUCAUUAAUCAUCGGCUUGUUAAAGCCUUAAACUCCAGAAAUGCAAAAACCUUUUUCGACUUGAAGAAUAAAAUAUGUAAUUGCAGUUUACGCUUUAUCGGCCGUCAUUCUAUGGCGUAUGCCGCGUGCCUACAACAUAUACAGAUGCACGAUCUUUUAUCGCCAUAUUACGUCUAAUAAUUUAUUUGUUGUUUAUAUCGUUUUAAUAAACGUUAUAAUAAAAGUAAAAAAAUAAUUUUCGAUCAA